AUGAACCCUGACUUCGUCUUCUUGUGGCAAUUUGAACUUGACGUCCGCUAUACAGGGAACUGGUACAAUAUUCUCGAGAAUGCCGAGUCGUGGGCUCGCAAACAGCCACGCAAGCUUCAGUUUGAACGAGCUGCCAGAUUCUACAUCCCUUCUUACCACGGUACUUACGCCAGCUUCUCGGACACUGUAGAGGCCGCCAACCCAGACGGUGGUGUCCGGGGUCCUGUACGAAGCUGGGCCGUCCCAAGAUCUCUCGGACCUAAAUUUCACAGGAAGACAGCAGCAGAAGAUGAUUACUCCUGA